CGAAAAUGGGAUUGUGAGGGAGAUCGGGGAAGAAGAGAUUUACAGAGUGACAGAGAUAGAUAAGAGAAAGACAGCGAGAGAAAGAGAUAGCGGGAAAGGGAAGAUAAAGUAGAGCUUUCAUAUUUUUAAUUUACAAUUGAUUUUGUAUUACAGAAAUUAUUACAGAACGUAUUAAAGAAAGUAGUACAGAAAGUAGUACAGAAAGUAGUACAGAACAUGUUACAGAAAGUAUUCUAAAAAGUACUCCUGCACCCAGUGGUCCCGCAGACUGCGAUGACGUCAUGUUACUGUUAGGCGGAAACUACACCAAUGGAAAAUACAAGGUUUAUCCACGUGACAAUGGCAGACAUAUCGAUGUCUGGUGUGAUAAUGGCUGGCUGGUUAUUCAGCGACGUAAAAAUGGAUGGGAACAUUUCUUCGCGUCUUGGAAUGACUAUAAAGUCAGAAUUGGAGAUUUGAUUAAAGAGUUCUGGUUAGGAAAUAGGGAUAUUCAUCGUAUUACCAGCCAAGGUAAUUAUGAGCUGAGAAUUGACAUGGACAACGAUUACGCUCUGUAUAAGAAUUUCACCAUAGCGUCAGAGGAAGACGACUUCCGGCUGCAUGUGGGCUCUUACAGUGGGACAGCCG